AUGUUUGAAAACUUAAAAGCAUUUAUUAGGCAUGGAAAGAAUGCUAACGAGUUUAAAGGUCAUUAUCCAAGCAUCAGCGAUCCUAGUCUUGAGACUUCGAAAGACGAAUAUCGGGAAAUGUUGUUUGAUGACAAUAUGAGACAUGAUUCACCAGCUACAAAUAUGGACCUAGAUGACGAUGUAAUGAAUCCCAAACAUAGCGUUGAGACUGAAAAAUACAAGGUAUCUAAAACGAGCGGCGUGGAUGAGACGCAGGACAUACGGGACGGAAAGUCUGAUGGUAGCGGAAGCGCUAGGGCCAAAAACAACAACAACAACUAUGAAGCAGCUACACACAUUGUUGAGCAGGAAAGGAGACAAAAAAAGAACAAGACUGAGUAUCCUAAUUUGCAAAAUUACGAGGUCUUAGAGCAAAUGGGAGAAGGUGCAUUUUCUAUUGUGUAUAAGGCAAGACAUGUAGCCUCAGAUAAAUUUGUCGCAAUCAAGAUAUUGAGGAAGUUUCAAAUGGAUCAGGCCCAGAAACAAGCAGUUUUGAAGGAGGUAACUAUAAUGCGUCAAUUAAACCAUCCUAAUAUUGUAAGCUUCAUUGAAUUUAUUGACUCAUCGGAUUACUAUUAUAUUGUUCAAGAGUUGGCAGUAGGAGGUGAAAUUUUCACUGCCAUUGUGAACUAUACAUACUUUUCAGAAGAUUUGGCUCGCCAUGUCAUAGUACAAGUAGCUCACGCCAUUAGAUAUUUGCAUGAGGAAGUUGGAAUAGUCCAUAGAGAUAUAAAACCGGAGAAUUUGUUAUACAUGCCUAUUGAAUUUAGACCUUCGAUUAACCCUAUUGCAAAAUUAAGAAAAUCUGAUGAUCCAAACUCCAAACGUGAUGAGGGUGACUUUGUUCCAGGUAUUGGAGGUGGGGGUAUCGGUGUCGUUAAAAUUGCAGAUUUCGGGUUGUCGAAGCAAAUAUGGGAACACAAUACAAAAACUCCUUGUGGUACUGUUGGUUAUACUGCGCCUGAAAUUGUAAGAGACGAGAGGUACUCUAGAGAAGUUGAUAUGUGGGCUAUUGGUUGUGUAUUGUAUACCUUAUUAUGUGGAUUUCCACCAUUCUAUGAUGAGAGAAUCGAAACUUUAACUGAAAAGGUUGCUAAGGGUGAAUACACAUUUUUGAGUCCCUGGUGGGACGAGAUAUCUAAGGAGGCGAAGCACUGUGUUUCAAGGUUAUUAACUGUUGACCCUCUGAGGAGAUAUAGUAUAGAUGACUUCUUGAAUGAUCCAUGGAUCUUGAAGAUGCCAGUUGUUGAUCCUGCUAUAACUUCCUCAAGAAAGAUUCAAAAUACCAGUAGUUAUAAUUAUAAUCAUCCAAUCCAAGCCAAGAACAACAAAGGCCCUACUUAUGGUAAUGAUGAGAUUUAUACACCUGCGGCUGUUGCUUUGAGAGAUGCAUUCGAUAUAUCCACUGCAGUCCAUAGAAUGGGCGAGGAAGCUGCAUUAUCAAAGGGUACUGCUAUCCCGGACAUUGAUGAUUUGAUAGAGGAGAAUGAAGAUGAGUCUGUUGAUACGAGCGGACACGUAUUGAAUGAGGAUAAUUAUAAUAGACGUGCUCCAAGAUACACCCAACAACAGCAGCAUAGGCGUCACGUUAAACAACAAGCCAGUCCGUUCGACUUGAAUUUAGGUGGUGCUUCUAUAUUAGAAAGAAGAAAGAAUAAACCAGUGUCAGUGAAAUAA